UCUCAGGCUGCCUCUACAUGAAGCUACAACGUCCGACACGGUGGUCAUCAAGGUCAUCAACGCUGUUCAAAAGUCGGAUCGAUCUGUCCCAUAGCAUAUGCAGACUGCAGGCCCACGCACCGUCCCCGCACAAGCCCAAGUUUAGGUCAUCUUGAUAAUUCGGCGUGCCAACACAUGACAAUCAGGCUUAGCUGCCUUCCCUCCUUGCCACUCCCUUCUCGAUCAAGUCUCCACCUUUUCUGGCACGGCUUUGUCUCUUCCGCGUCCCCGAAGAUGGCUUCCCACCCAAAAAUGGUUCCGCAAGAGACGGUCAAUAAUAAGCGGAUAGAUCUCUCGUUGGACCGUAUCAGAACCCUUCUGCAGCGUCUUGGUGCGCCGCAAGACAAGUUCCCAAUCGUUCACAUUGCAGGGACGAACGGCAAGGGCAGCACAUCUGCGUACAUCGACUCGCUCUUGCAGCACACUAUAGGAAUACGCACCGGACGCUUCAACAGCCCGCAUCUUCGAGAAGAAAGGGACUGCUGUCGAGUCAACGGCCAAGUGAUCACGAAGGGCGUGUGGGCCCAGGCUGGCGAGCAAGUCGCCGCUGCGGAUGCUGGACUGACGGAGGGGUUGACUGAGGAACAGUUAAGCCUGCAUUCAACCCCGUUCGAGUUGCUGGUUGCUCGCGCAUUCGUCUCUUACGCAUUGCUUCCACAAGCUGAAGCGCCGGCGGUGCUCAUCGUGGAAGUCGGACUCGGCGGGAGGCUAGAUGCUACCAAUGUCUUUUCGCCGCGAAAUGUCCUUGCGAGCGUGAUCUGCCCGGUCGACCGAGAUCACGAAGCGCUUCUCGGUAGCGAUCUGGCGGGAAUCGCCUCGCACAAGGCUGGCAUAAUCCCGGGCGGGGGCCUGUGCGUCAUUGCUGAUCAAAGGAGGGCAGAUGACCCGCAAAGCAUCAACACAGAAGUAGAUCUGGCGUGCCUGCGGGCGGCGCAAGGGGAACAAACACCAACAGGGUCACACGCAGCGACGAUUCUCAAUGCCAUUCGACAGGCUGCCAUAGAGCGCGGUGCAAGGCUGGUCAAGGGUUACGUGCCUUGGGGUGCGCUCAGUCCGACACAGCUCAACAGCAGUUCGAGCGGGCCCAUACGGCAACCGACAGCCGCUUUGAGAAUCCGAUAUGCCCCGACGCUCUUCCCAUCUGUGCUUCCCACGAAGCCCGGCCACUACGUUGCUCGUGCUGGCGACCCGCCUGUGAGCGGCCCUGCCAUCCGGCUGCCGGCUACACGCGCUGCCAUGACGGGUGCCUGUACGGCGCUGCAGACGCUCUUCUCCAUUGCGCGGGACGAGCCGCCCUCCGCGUUCGGUGCCGCUGGGAGCGACGCGCACGAGGAGCUGAAGCUGCAGAUCGCCUUUGCGCUGCGCGAGGAAAGUGAAAGGGAGCAACGGAUACAGCAGGCGCUGGAUACUGUGCGAUGGGAGGGUCGGUGUGCCUGGCUGGACGUUCGCGUACCGCAUGAUGUGUCGGUCGUGAGCCCAGAAGAGGGCAUGAUCGAGUCUGAAGGUCCAGUACCAGGCGGAGCGGCUGCAGAUCAUCCAGAGACUUCCAGACCGUCACCACCCGCUUGUAUCAAGAUUCUGGUCGACGGCGCGCACAACUCGGCGUCGGCGCUCGCAUUGCGGCAGUACAUUGAUCUUUGCAUUUCGCCACCUUCGUCAUCGAGCGGCGACAGGCCCAUCACGGUUACCUGGCUCAUGGCAUUUUCGAAGGGCAAGGAUAUUAGCGGCAUGCUACACGCUCUCCUGUCGUCUUCGCUCUCUUCCUCGCUGGACGAGUCGAUAACGAAGCUGAGCAUUAACGAGGCGACGAACCAACGCCCACAGCCGCUCGUUCGGAACCGUGUCGGAUUUCUGCCUUUCUCUACGCCGGUAGAGGGUAUGCCAUGGGUGCAGUCUGCGCGGCCGGACGAAUGCCUCGCACAGCUGGACUCGCUCGAUGCCACGCUGGCAUCAAGCCUCGCGGACGCAAAGACUUUCGAACGGCUUGAGGACGCCCUGCAGUGGGCUGCACAAGGCGCGAAAGACAUGUCGUUGGAAGGAAAGGAGGAGGAGGCCGUGCAUCUUAUCGUGCUGUGUGGUAGCUUGUACCUCGUGGGUGACCUGUAUCGCUUUCAAGAGCGCCGCAUAGAGCCGUGAUACCAUUGCAUGACCCCUCAUCCACGUGGCGAGCAUUUCUUAUCGGACGGGCCAAGCAGGCAAGGCAUCUGCCAUUGACGCUUCGGAAUACAUUCAUUUUGAAUGGAUAGCUGCCUACCUGCCACAGCGUGGAAACAACAUAGCUAGUGUAUAUACAAUAAAGAUG